UCUUUAAUUGGCUGAGCUACAGACAGGAGAAGAUGGCGGCUCAGGUGGUGGUGGUGUUGCGGCUACUGAGCGCCGCGGUGCUGCUCGGACUCCUCUCCGGCUCCGUUCCGGACUCUGAACGCGGUUGGAUGGUGCUACGGCGCAUGCGCAGCCUCGCCGCUCAGUCCAGGUACGGAGAGUGUUGGGCACGAGCUCUGGAGCACCUGGACGCACGUUGCAGGGACAUGACUGCAGAAAGCCAGAGCCGCAUCGCGCUGAGGUUCGCCGUGUGUCACCUGAGCAGCUCAGGCAGAGAUUUCCCAUCAUGCCCUGAGGGGUCUGAGGUCAGCAGGUGUACAGCUGGUAUGGACGCUGUGGCCUUUAACACCUACACCGAGUUCUUCACCCACACCCACUCCAUCUGUCACUUCCUGCAGUCUGAAGCCUGGCAGAGCCGAGCUGAGCACACCAUGCACAGGCUAACAGAGACUUCAGCAGAUGUAGCUGAGCAGUUGCAGUCCACCAGGCAGAUGGCUGAGGACCUGGUUGAGGCCCAGACUGCUGCCUUACAGGCCCAGCAGGAGAUUCUGAAUAACGGAGAGGAGCUGAGAGUCACCCUGAGAGACUCCACCCAGGGUCUGCGGUCGCUCUUCUCAGAGCUCAGCAGUGUCUCCAGGGAGCAGCAGGUGGCGCUGUCUGAGCUCUUCAACAGAGUUUCCUUCUUGCAGAGCUUCCUGCUGAUGGAAGCUCACAGCCUGAGCUCCUGCUGCUACAACGCAGCUGCUCUCUGCACCUCCUACCUCCUCACCUCCACCCAGCGCUCCUCCAGAGCCAGGUUGGUGUUGUUGGCUUUGGUGUGUUUAAAUUUCUACCUGGAGAGGAAGAUCUACCAGUUUGUGAUGAAUUCUGACCAUCCUGAGCACAAACACAUGGAGUUUCUCAGUGUGUAUGUGAGUAUAUUGCGAAGGUUCAUGGUGUGUGUUGGAGUGUGUGUUCUGCUGUGUGUGUGUGUUCAGUACCGAGACCCGGUUCAGCAGAAUCUGCAGGUCCUGCAGCAACUCAGAGAGACGCAGAGAGGCCUGCAGGAGGCGCUGCAGCACGCAGCACGUCUAGCGGAGCAACAGGAGAACACAGACAGUCGGCUGAAUGUGAAGAGGACAUCAGAGAGCAGAAGAGGAGAGAAGCUGCGAAGGAGAAAGGAGAUAAAAAGAGAAGUGGAAGAGGAGGGCAGUUCAUUGGUGUCUGCAGAGAGCUCAGACCUGUCUCACCUCUCACACAUUGGUCCUGUUGGUGCUCUCGGCAGCACAGUGAACAGCUCAGCAGCUGACUUCACCCACAAUGCCUCAGGGCGUCGCUCCUUGUCCUCCCGCCUCGCCGCCUCCUCCUCGUCCCCUCUGGUCUACAGCAUCCUGGUGGAGGACAGACAGCCUCGUUACCACCUGCGGAGAAGAGGAUCAGAGCCUCCUUCAUCCUCAUGCUGACCUCAUCUUCCUCUGCUGUGUGUUUUAACCUGAACGCUUUCUGAAUGUCAAUAAAACAGAAUUUUACUUUUGAAA